GGGAGGAAGGGGGCGGGGCCCGGGGGCGGGGCCGCCGGUUCCCCUCCCGCGCUGAGUGGUUCCCUCUCUCCGCAGACGCGCCGCCGAGGGAGCAGGGCUCGGGGCUGCCCGGCUGGGUGCGGCUAGCUCCUGCCGGGGGUCCCCGCUUUUCAUGCUCCGCCAGCCAGCCCGCAUCCUGGCUGGGGUCCCGCCCUGGUCCGACUUGCUCCGGCACAGCGAGGGCGAGCAGGAGAGGCAGCACCGCGCCAUGGCCCGCUACAGCCUCAGCAACCUCCUGGACUGGCUCUACGGCGGGGUGGACCCCGGCUUCGCGGGCAACGGGGGGCCCGAGUGCGCCGCCUUCCUCACCCCGCAGCAGCGCCUGCUGGAGAGCCUGGUCUUCCUCACCGUGGGCGUCCUGGAGAUCCUGGUGUCCCUGCGGAAGAUCAGGCGGCAGCUGCCCUCCAGGGAGGAGGGAAACCAUCCGGCCCAGCAACCCCAGGCCAAGCAGGAGAGCCUGGGCAAGAACCUGCUGUUGGUGGCCCUCUGUCUCACCUUCGGCCUGGAGGUGGGGUUCAAGUUCGCCACCAGGACGGUCAUCUAUCUGCUGAACCCCUGCCACGUGGUCACGAUGUUGCAGAUUUUUCUCCUCGCCUGUCCCCCAUGUCGUGGUGCAAUGAUUCUGUUCAGGUUACAGAUGCAUAUGUUAAAUGGGGCCCUCUUGGCAUUGCUGUUUCCUGUGGUUAAUACACGCCUGCUUCCCUUUGAGGUGGAAAUUUAUUACAUCCAGCAUGUGAUGCUCUAUGUUGUGCCCAUCUAUCUGCUGCGGAAAGGAGGUAUCUACACAGCAGAGCCACUUUCCAAUUUCUGGUGGGCUCUGUUAUCCACUGGGAUGAUGUUUGUCUAUCAUUUUAGCAUCUUACAGAUUCUGGGACUGGUCACGGAAGUGAAUUUGAACAACAUGUUAUGCCCAGCCAUCUCAGAUCCUUUCUAUGGGCCCUGGUAUCGAAUCUGGGCAUCUGGACAUCAGACUAUCAUGACUAUGGCUCAUGGAAAACUUGUAAUAUUAUUCUACAGUGCUGCCCCUGUCUUUAAAUAUAGUGUGGAUUUGCUUAGGCUCCCAUCUAAGAAAAUAGACUGAAAUUUCUCCCUGGGGAGUAGCACUUACAGGAAGCGGAGGUACCUGUAUUCAUAUUGGAGAAGAAAGAGGAGAAUGAAAGGACAGUGUGUUAGUGUGUUGUGUCUGCUUCCCCUCCCUCCCCCCAUCAAUGUUUCUUGCCUCAAAAGAUCUCUACGAUAGAGUGAGGAUUUUCUUCUUUCAACUGCUGUUUUUCACUGCCCGUAGCCAAUGGCAAAAUUAGUGGCCUUAUUCUGGGAGAAGUUGGUGUUUCUUACAUAUUUUAUGUAGAUUACAAUGGAACCUUCCUAACCACACUAUAUAAUUACCCCAGAAAAUGGCAGGCUCUGCCUGCAUCCCAGCAAGGAGAGUGGCAGUACAGUCCCCUUAUCAAGACUUCAUUAUUGUUUGCUGUGUAUCCUUCAGUACAUUUACUGAUUGCAUUAUAAAGUAUAAGAAAAAGCUGAAUUACUACUCUAACCGAAAGUGAACCAAGCAAACAGUUUGCAAUGCAUCAUCCUGGCUUAACUUUCGUUAUUUGAAUUUUGCAAGUUGGUGAAGCAAUAUGCCAGAGGUCUCCCAGUUAUUCGUGUGAAUUAGUGAGGUUCUAUUGCACUACUUUAAGCUGGUUGAAGAUAAUGGGGAACAAAAAAAAAAUUCAAAAUAUUUUUAAUUUAUUUUUUAGAUUGGACUGUUCUUUCUCAGUGGCUGUGGAUCUUCACCUGUGUGGUUUGAGCCCAGCAUAGUACCAGCUCUGAGGUUGCUCUGAUUUGAAUGCAUGAAAAACCAUCAGGUUGAAACAAUUGUUUUAAAAAAUCAAGCAGGCUGUAAAUUGUGAUGGGUGAUGUUUCAUCUCAUCCUUCAAGUUGCCCCUGAACAGAAAGAAAUAUGAAUUAAAGGGACACUGUCAACCUGGUUUAGACUGAGAAAACAAGUUACAAAACCCUACAUGAAGAAUUUCAAAUUUUAUUUCAUGCUUUUAAAAAAUUCCUGCCCUGUGUUCUGUAUUGAACAGACAUUAGUUCAGUAUGUAGGGAAACAAAGAGAAACUGCUAUUCUGGUUUCUCUCUCUAAGGGUCUGUACACCGUAUGCAGUGAUUUAAACUAAAUCAGUGCAAUUCUAGUCUGGUGGCAGUUAUAUCAGAGUAAAGGUACGUAUACCAGCAUAGCUUGUUUCAUUUGCUAGUAUAACAAGCUGUACUGCUAGAAACACCUGUAUACUGGUAUAACUGCCUCCACAGUAGGGCACUGCACUGAUUUAACUAAACUUAUUGCAAAAACUGCAUGCAGAGAUUCAGAAAGAACAACCGGGGAAAAGCAAAUUCAGUGUGUCCAUUUACUUCAGUUUUAACAAUGUUCAGUAUUAAGACGUUAUACUGUACAGACAAGUGGAAAGGGGGAAAUCUUGGCAGUGUUCCUUUUAAUUUUUGAAAUCUGAGUUCAUGUUGGUUGUAUUUCAGAGCUGCAUCACAGGAAUUGGCUGCAAAAAGUGAUUUUUAGAUUGCUUGUGUUGCAUUGCCAUAGCUGUAAUAGUAUACAGAGCCACCAUACCUCUCCCUUCAGCUGAGUCGCCCUGCGAUCAUGUUCUGAAGUUAAGAUACAGCCAUUUAUACCUCAAGGAGAGAGCUCAUUGCCUAGAAAAAUUAUCAAAGUUACAAACUUGCAUUGUUUUUUAUUUUCACAAAGGCAGAUUUUGAUGGGGGAGAGGGAACACAAAUGACUUCUCUAAAUAGUUUCACUCCAUUUAAUUAAAUAUAUAUAUUUACAGCUGCAUUCAGGAGUAUCCUAUCAAUCGGUAUUCUAAUUCGUAAACCCUUUUCUGGACACACUCUGUGCCUGGUGGCAUAUAUUAAAUAUGAUGAAUAACCUAUGCUGCCAUAAUUUGAUAAAAAGGCAGAUUUACUCAUUGCACAGUUGUGAUCAAUUUAAAUUCCUGUUACCCAGACCAACAAAAUGCUCCCUAUCUUCAGUCUCCAGCAGGAGUUCGCCUUUGAGAGCUAAGCCCCUGAUACUCACAAUGAAUAUCUGUUUACAGUGUGGCUCUCAGGCCCUGAUCCUGCAACCACUUAAGCACGUUUAACUUCACUCAUCAGAACAGCCUCACUGCUACUCCUGUAUGUAAAAUAAGCACAUCUUGCUGAAUCAUUUGCAGGAGUGGGGGGAAAGCACCCCUGUUAACAAAGGUGUUCAUAUUGCUAGAUAUUAAGCAGUUCCCCCUACUUGAAUAUAUGUUCUCUCAUAGGAACAGAUGAGCUAAAUCAUACAGCACUUCCUCCUAUCCCCUAAGCUUGUAUGAUGUUUAUUUUGGUUUAUUUAUCUAGCUAGCAGUCCCUCAGCAAAAUGCCCUGGGCCAGACACCACUGCUGUAACUACAAUGAAGUGCAUUUAGAAAGAGACCAUUGGUGUUGCCAAGGGAUGCAGUUGGCCCAUCUUUCAACACCGGCACUAUUGCUUGGAUUUAAGUUUUUUGAUUCUUGCCUUUUUCUAACCCAUGUUUUUAAAAUGUUGUGGCUACUGACAGAUUUUGACAGCUCCAUUCAGAACAGCAGCAGCCUCCCAGGUAUAAAGCCACGUAGUAUUUUUGAAAAUACAGCAUUUCCUGCCUACAGCUGUGUGCUUCAGGGCAUUCUAAUAAGUACGGCCACAGCUCUUUUAGGCCACUACUAGCCUCCAAAGAUCAAAUAAUGAGGCUAAUGGGGAAUUUCCAAUGUGUGGCUCAAGCACUCCAUGGCAGGGUAUUUACUUGAAGUGAAUAAUUUCUAGCUCUUUUGGCUGGUUUAAAAAUGUAGGAGCAGGAAUGGCAACUUUGAGACUAUUUAGUUUAAAGUCGGGGAAGCCCCUAAAGCAGUUCCUAAAAUCUGACUCUCAUUCCUCAGCUGAUCUCUUAUGACAGACACAGUCUGUAAGGUGCAGCAGAAAGGUGGGGAUUGUUCCAUUCGUAGGAUGUUGGUUUGGAUGAUAGUGGGCUACUCAGAAGCUUGGCAACUUAUUAAAACAUCCUACGGGAGGGUUACAUCACUUCUAUGGUGGAAGAUUUAUUUUUCUCCUAUUGAAUGGGUGGGUUUUACAAGCACUUACAAUAGAGAUGAUGCUCCUUGGUUGGCUUCUGUUUAUACUGGAAAUGAAGAGGUGAAGCCAGGUGGCCAGGAAGCGUGAAAAGGAGAGGAAAGCACAAGGUGAGUGACUAGUCAUUGUGGAAGGGAUAGCUUGCCUCUGGCCAUCUGAGCUGCCUGAGACAGAUCACUUUGUCUUCCACUAGUUCAUGUGUGACAAGUCAUCCGCACUACCAGGGAAAAAUCACUCAUGGUGCUGAUAGCUAACAUUUCACCCGGAGAAGGUUAUUCUCCAUUGUAUUCAGAACUCCAGCGACAGGAAAAUAAUUUGUGGUCUUUAAUAUUAUUGUUUUUCCAUUUUUAAGCAGGUGACAUGUCAGGUGGGAGCCUGAAUAUUGUAGUUUAUUUUAAUAAAACAGGAGCGGGAGAGGGAAGCCUAGAAAGGAGAGACAGACUCAUAGAAGUGAGGGACAGGAAGGGAUCUCCAUAGGUCAUUUAAUCCAGUCUCCUGCACUGAGGCAGGGCUAAUAGACCAUCCCUGACAGAUGUGACUGGCUAGGCUUUGUGCCAAUGGAGUCAAUCCCAAACUAAAGCGAACUCUGUUUAUCAAGUGCAUCCUUAUUUUGGGGGUGUCUCCCCAUCAGUGGAGAACUUUGUGUAUGUUGAGGGUAAAAUUGUGUCUUUAAAAGCUAGCUCCAACUAUUUAGCAACAUGGUGCUCUGAUCAAUGGAGGUGGCCUUUCUGAGCACACCAAACUCUGCCCUUAUCUCCUCUCUACUCUACAGGAGGAGCUGUUAGUAGCUACAGUUAACUUGUUUACUUAUCACACAGUUUGUUUAUGCUCAGGCUGAGAAGCAUGAACUAAAGAUGGUAACUCUUCUGCCCCCAUGUAAUGUUGGGCAGCAGUCAGUGCAUGGUAAUGGAUUCUGGUGCCAAGGCUUUCUGUAGUCUGAAGACACAGCUAGUGCUAUUUUUCAAAGGUUUAGACACACCUCUGCAGUGUUUUACCAUUGAUCUAUUUUUGUCCAUCUUCUGCUUAAGCGCAUUGGACUUUAAAAACCAAAGAUAAAUUUGCAUCUUGUUUCUCUCAUAAACUGGAGAUUAACAGCUCUUAGUCAUGUUCAGAAGAAAAAAAAAUUUUUCUGAACAUGUCCAAUAUACAUAUAAAUAAAUGGAUGUAAGGCCAUAGCCCCCAAAUACACCCUAGACGUGGUAUUAGUUUGACUUCUUAGUGCUUGACAAAUGCCGCUUGUAGGCAGAGCGCUUUGCUGAAGCUGGGAGACAUGAGCAGUCAGUUCAGUUGUGCACUUUAUGGUUUUAGAGUACCUCAGUGUAGAUAUAUUCCCCUCUCUCUGUAGCCUCAAUCAGGGUUUUGAUAUUUCUGUAUAUUUGAUAACUGAAUGUUUUGUAAAAACCUAAGUGUCUUUCCCUCUCAGAAACGGCUAUUUGCAGUUAAGUACUUGAUUCUGUGUCCCAAGUCUCGUCUAUAAAUCACAGGCAUUGGUUUCCUAGUCAUUUGUAACUACGUGAGGAGAAAAAUAUAGAUGUGCAUUUUUUCUUGUUGCAGUUAUUUCCAAUUGCAUUUGUCGUUUUACUAGGUGAACUUUUCACAAUUUUAUUUUAAAAGACGGGGGAUAAAGGAGAGCUGCAGCAUACAUUGGGAAAGUUAGUCGUCCUAGUUUUAACAAGGUAAGCAUCUGGUAUUAGUCUGUAAGCAGAAAUGCUGCAGGUAUGUUUGUAAAGACAAACACAACUACUUUCUGUGUUUUAUGCUAAUUACAGUGACGAGAUCCAUAACAAACAGUUCUUUUGUGACCUUGUGCUCAAGGUGAUAUUGCUGUAACUCUGUUUUUCUGCUUAGCGUUGUUUAGUUAAAGCCGAGCUGUUUUUAAAAUGGCUUUAUUUUUCUUGAGGGUCAAUUUUAUACCUUUUUUAUUUUUGCAUUUAUUCUGAGUCAUAGUUAUCUCAAUGCGGCAAGUAGAGUGGUGAGUGCACCCACAAUGCUGUUGCCAGCCAUGCUCUGCCAGGAAUCUGGAAUUGCUACAUGCACUGAGCUGAGGCACAAAGCUGUCUUUGGAAACUUAUCCCGCCCUUGGUUCCAACCAUCAAAUUAUCCUGGGCAGGGACAGGGACCAAUGUGGGCACUCAGCUGCCACCUCUGCUGUUAGUUCAAAGUAAUUUGUAAAAGUGUUCUAAAUUUUGUAACCUUUUUAAUGUGCUAAAACUUGGUUAUCAGGUAACAUUUGCAGAUAAGGGGUAUAUUUGUGUACUUGGUUUUUUGUAUUUUGGUCUGUUUUUGUUGGUCCCUAACUGAGAUCCUGCUCAUUGGGCAAUUAGUUGUUAAAUCUUUAAUUAAAGGAAUAAAUACCUUCAA